AUGGAUUCCAUUUCCCGCAUGCAAAAAAGUCUUAAGCAAGACUACAACCGUCAAGAUUGGCAUCUUAGUCUCCGUGCCGGUCCUGAAGCGCUUGGUGUGCUAGGUGAAUGCCAACUUGUUUCCACCCGAUCGGAAAUGAUGAGCAUUUCCCUGAGCGGACCUGGGCUCAAGGGAGCGACCGGACUUCGAACUAUGCUUGAACUCCAACUGAUUACCUCCAAGAUAUGA